AUGCCGCCAAUCCGUGGUAAAAAAGCCCAGAAAUCAGUUGAGCAGGAAGGCAGGAUUCUGCUAGCAAUUAAGGCUAUUAAAGAUGGCCGGAUUACUUCCGUUGCUGCUGCUGCUCGUUCUUUCGAGAUCCCGCGGUCUACGCUACAAGACCGGAUGAAAGGGGCUUCUAGUUGGUCUGACAUGAGGGCUGCAGGCCAUAAAUUCACCCAUCUCGAAGAGGAAUCAAUCCAGGAUUGGUUAACCUCUAUGAAUGAUAGAGGUGCUACUCUUACGAUCACUAUGUUGAAAGAUAUGGCCAAUUUACUACUUGAAACCCGUGGAGAUCAUCCCCCGCAGACUGUUGGCAAGAAUUGGCCGACACAGUACAUAAAACGACAUCCCGAGCUUUCUAGUCGAUUCUCUCGCAGACAUGGCUCCAAACGUGCCUUGCUAGAAGAUCCAAAUACCAUUCUUGAGUGGUUCAAGCUUGUCGAAAAAUCGAUUGCUCAGUAUGGUAUCACUUCGGAAGAUAUCUACAACUUUGACGAAUCAGGAUUUGCCAUAGGAGUUAGUGCAACAUCAAAGGACAUUACACAGUCAUUCUAUACGGGCCGAAGGGGUGUUUUGCCUGGACAUGGCGAUUGGGUGACUGUCAUUGAAACAAUCUGCGCCUCCGGGCGAGCGCUCCCACCAUACGUUAUCUUCAAAGGCAAAAGCUUUAUGGAACGAUGGUUUGACGACCUUCCAAAACAUUGGAUUCUUAACGUCCGAGCCAUUGCUGUUUACAUCAAUGCAAGUCCUCAGCGCCUGGAGUCGUUCUUCAGCUUGCAACCGAACGGACAAGGCUAG